UUUGUGCAAUCAGCACUGUGGGUGUGAGAUGUGUGUGUGUUAGUGGUACUCCCUGUACCUGAAGGCUGGAUUGUGCUGUCACCGGUCAAUGUGCAGAGCGUGGCGUGUAUGUACAGUGAGCUGGCACUGGCAGGCUGAUCUGUAGUGUAUGUGCGUGGCUGGCAAACUGUGCUGCAUUGUAUGUGUGCCAAGCGUCCCUAGUGUGCAUGUGUUCUGUAUGUUAGGAGGCACGGCUGCCGGCAACCUGCUGUAUAUGUGCUGUGUAUUUGUGGUACUUACACAGUCUGCUGUGGGAAUCCACCUGGAAUCAAGAAAUGGCUGAUUCCCCCCGGGAGCUCACCCAAAACCCGCUAAAAAAGAUCUGGGUGCCUUAUAACAACGGACAUCCUGUGCAGCACAGUGCCCAGAGGAAAGUAUGCAUGACCAACUGCCCGACUCUCAUUGUUAUGGUGGGACUCCCUGCCAGAGGCAAGACUUACAUCUCCAAGAAACUCACACGCUAUCUCAACUGGAUUGGGGUGCCAACCAAAGAAUUCAAUGUUGGCCAGUACAGACGGGACUUGGUGAAAACCUUCAAAUCCUUUGAAUUCUUCCUUCCAGACAAUGAAGAGGGACAGAAAACCCGAAAACAAUGUGCCUUGCUGGCCUUGAAUGAUGUAAGGCGCUAUCUGGGAGAAGAAGGGGGCCAUGUGGCAGUGUUUGACGCAACAAACACAACAAGAGAACGGCGAGAGACCAUCCUUAAAUUUGCAGAUCAGAACGGUUUUAAAACUUUCUUUGUGGAAUCUGUGUGCGUGGACCCUGAAGUUAUUGCUCAGAAUAUAGUGCAAGUAAAGUUAGGGAGCCCAGAUUAUCUGCACUGCAGCAGUGAGGAGGCAACAGAAGACUUUAUGAAAAGAAUUGAUUGCUAUAAGAACUCAUAUGAGACCCUGGAUGAGAACUUUGACAGGGACCUGUCCUAUAUUAAGAUCAUGGAUGUAGGCUGCAGAUAUCUUGUUAAUCGAGUUAUGGAUCACAUCCAGAGUCGCAUUGUCUACUACCUCAUGAACAUUCACAUCACUCCACGCUCCAUCUACUUGUGCCGACAUGGGGAGAGUGAACUCAAUAUCAAGGGGCGCAUUGGGGGAGAUUCUGGACUCUCCCGCCGGGGGAAAGAGUUUGCUCAAUGUUUGGGCAAGUACAUCCAUGAACAGAACAUCCAUGACCUGAAAGUCUGGACCAGCCAAAUGAAGAGAACAAUCCAAACUGCGGAGGCCCUGAGUGUUCCUUAUGAGCAGUGGAAAACCUUAAAUGAAAUUGACGCUGGGGUGUGCGAGGAAAUGCGCUAUGAGGAGAUCCAGGAAUCAUUUCCACUGGAAUUCGCUUUGCGUGAUCAGGAUAAAUACAGAUACCGCUAUCCCAAAGGAGAGUCCUAUGAAGAUCUUGUUCAGCGCCUGGAACCCGUCAUAAUGGAACUGGAACGACAGGAGAAUGUGCUGGUCAUUUGCCAUCAAGCCGUUAUGCGAUGCCUGCUGGCCUACUUCCUUGAUAAAAGUGGAGGGGAACUGCCUUACCUCAAAUGCCCCCUGCAUACAGUGAUGAAACUCACCCCAGUAGCUUACGGGUGUAAAGUGGAGUGUGUCUGUUUAAACGUGGAGGCAGUUAAUACUCAUAGGAAUAAGCCAGAGAAUGUCGAUGUGGACCGCUCUAGCGAAGACGCUUUACAGACUGUACCAAAUCACCUUUAACCCAGGUGGAAUCCAGUCCCCACACGUUCCAUGGUGGGUUUGUCUGCCAGCAGAUAUUCAGGAUGUGAACCAGUGAAACACUGCUAUCAAAUAUCUUCUUCAUUUUUGUUUUUUGUUUUUUUAAUUAAGAUUUUUAUUGGGUGAGUGAAUGUAUAAAUAUGGCCAUGCACAUCCGCUUUUCAUAUAGAGAGGGGUGUGUAUGAAUCACAGUAUUGCACUCCAGUGUAUGAGCUGGGAAUGUUAUGGCCCAGUGACUCCUGAAACUGGAUUGGAUAGUUCUUUCCUAACCAGCUCAAACUGGUGAAUUGCUUGUUUGUUUUUUAAUGAGUCAGUAAAUGAAGGGGAAAUCUAGUGCAGGUAUUUCUUAAUUGUAUGCUUCCAGGUCUUGCUGAACUACAACAUCUGUUGCUGACUGGCUGUGAAUUAUGGGAGUUUUAGUUCCGCAGUAGCGAGAUUGCAGGGAAUGUCUCGUUACUCUAAGCUGUUGUAUAAAAAGCCAUUCUAUUGUUCCCUCCCCAGGUCACUGAUAUACUGUAUCUUAUUACUUGGGGGUGCAUGGUACAUACAAUGUGGCUUCUUGUUGCCAGCCUACAGGAAAUAAUCUCUAAGCACCUUGUAUGCUCCCAGUAGCAUCUGUUUGAAGGGUCCCACAGGUCCAAGCGCACCAUUGCCCCUCAGCAACACUAGAGCAGAAGACUGGUCUGUUUUUGAGAUAUAUAUUGGCAGAGCCAGGGCCACCAUCACUAAUCAUGGGGUGCCACACUUCUAAGUUAGCAGGGUUCUCCCCCAGGGGAACCCCAAAUAUUAGCCCAUUGCUCACCUGUGUGGUGGCCCUGCCAUCAAAUCGAAUGGGGGCCAAAUGAAAACGAAUACCCUACUCACGCAUGGUCCCAACCCUGAUCCAACUUACCAUGCUUCAUUAUGCCAAAUCCCUUCCCAUGAUCUGCCAAACCCUGUCCAUUUCCCUACAAGUCCUACUCCUUCACCGACCUCCACUGCCAUAGGGACUGCAGUACCCAUUGUACCCCCUGAUGGGAUCCCUGGUAAUCCACACAUUGAGUUUCUCUGCAUUUAUCCUUAUUUUUGCACUACUUUUCUGCUGGGGAACAGACUAACCCAUGUUCCAUGGCCUCUGAAGGCAAUAAUCGAGAAAGGGGAGGAGGGGUCAGGCUCAUUCAAUUUUUACAAAACAACCUGCUCUAAAUCCAAUAUUUCAAAUUCCCUUGAGAGUUAAGUUUCCUUUAAUUUCUGUUACUCUGUAGAAACUUAAACAUAUCGUAGUUGGUUGUUCAAACUCUCAUGCAUGGGAAUUACUGUUCAGCUAGGCCUUUAUAGAGAACUGGUAUGGUCCAACUCAAAAACUUCCUUGUUUGUCCUUAACUAACCAGUAGAGCACAGUUCUAUGCAGUGAGCCAAUGGCACAUUGUUUCCUUGGUCAGUGAUUUUAAUAAGGAUGAGAUUGCAUUCCUACUGUUUGAGAGAGUCACCCAGACCACCUUAAUAAGUCACAUGGUUAUUAUGAUGGUUGGCGGGGUGGGGGGGGCAGAGCAGCCAUUUCUCAAUAUUUAUCUUAAAUGCAAGGGAAGAAGCUGGCUUUGCGUUGAUCCUUGUCCUCCAACACAUACAUGCUGCUCCUUACAAAUGGCUUUCCCAGUGAGUUAUUGUGGCACAGGAUUCUGGGUUAUUCUGCACUGAUAAAGGUUUAUUUGCAGGUGAAUA